AAUGAAUGAAUUAGCUAGCAUGAUUGUCUGAGUUUUAACUUUCGCUAGACGAGAGCUGUCUAUGUUAUUGCUGGUUAAUCUGUUUAAUGAAACAAAAUUCUGCCAUGGAGGAUGUCAGGGACGGAAAGGGAUUUAAAGGGUUUGUGGAAAGACUGACACUUGGCAUUACACGGGUGCUCGAGGGUCUGCCGGGGGUGACGGACGUGCGCUUUGUGGAAAGGGAGCCGGCGGAGAAGCGCUGUCUGUUGUCCUGGGAAAAAAAAAAUAACUGCCUUCUGCCCGAGGACCUAAGAGACUUCUAUCUUACUACAGAUGGCUUCACGCUCUCCUGGAGCUCCAGACUGGAAGGUCAGCCAGUGCCUCUGGGCAGCAUGGUAAUCAACAGUGUGGCGAAGCUUCUACCGUUGUGCCAGUCUACACUGUACUGCCUUCCCAAUGCACCAACACUGGCUGACCUGGACAGCGAGGAGGAAACAGAAGGAUUGGAGGACCAGCCAGAGGCACCCCACUUUGACUCACGUAGCCGCAUCUUUGAGCUGGAUCGCUGUGGGGGGAAUGGCAAGGUCUGCCUCGUCUUCAAUAACUGCACACCAGGUGAGGAGGCUGAACAGAGUGAGGUGUGGUUCCUGGACAGAGCGUUGUAUUGGCACUACCUCACCACCUCCUUCACGGCCUACUACCGGCUCAUGAUCACCCACCUGGGCCUGCCCGAGUGGCAGUACAACUUCACGCCAUAUGGUCCCAGUCCACAGGCCAAGCAAUGGGCCUACUUGUACCGGCCCCUCACUGCGCACAGCGACCCCCACAUCGACCCGACUGGCGAGCCAAUCAUGAACAAGCUGGACCCGAGCAAGGCAUUCCGAGGCAAAGCCAAACAGCCCGUGCCCAAGAAGAAGUCCUCCGCCCCAAGCGGUGGCAGCACCGGCACCCCAAAAGCACAGGGCGGCUCGGGGAGACAGAGCGGGACCCGCAAAUGAAGGCGCCGCCCCGCCACAAGUUUUGGGAAAGCGGAUCCAAAUGCUUCCAGCCUCCUCUCCAGGACCCCCUCUGCUUGUAAUGAACCCCAUACCAAGCUAAGAGAGUGGGUGGAGAGUAGUCCUACCUUCCUUUUCCCCUCUGUGUGUGUGUGUGUCUGUGUGUGCAUAUACUUGUCUCUAGCUGUGUCUGAAUGUGUUUUUUUUUCUUUGGCAAACAUCCCAGGCACCAUUGAGGCCAUUCUUUCCAUUGCAUGAAAAAAAUCUAUAUGUAUUAAUUUAUUUAUUUUGUUUAGGAGUAGCACAUUUGAAUUCUUUGCUGUAUGUAUUUAUUAAAGUUUUUUUCUUGCUGAGGACUGAGUGUACUUAUUUUUGUCUGCUAUUUUUCAAGCAGAGAAAUCUGCAAAAAGUUAUUUCAGACUGUGGGAAAUUUCACGG